AUGAUUAUUUUAAAACUAAAAACAGGCAGGACAACUGAAACUAUAAUGAAUAUAACUGUAUCAACUGACAUAACACCAUUAAUUACAAAAGAAAACAAACCAACAACAUCAGUUACAAAACCAAUUGUGUUACAAAUAUUUCGACGAACAAACGAAGUCGUCUAUGCUAUAUGGAAUACAACUGCAGGUAAUGAUCGUUCACUAUCUUUACCCGGUCAAAACACAAGUACAUAUUGGCCUAGUGAACCACCUCAAGCUGCAUUAGAUGGUAAUUUAAAUACCGAAUAUUCCAAUCAUGGAAUUUGUAACGGACAUAGUCCACUACAAGAUGAAUGCGGAAUAAAAACUGGUUUCUAUAUAACAUUCAAAAGUAAACCGUUCAUUCUCGUGCAGUUUCGUAUGGCUACAUUUCAAAAUUCUCCACCUCGAGAUCCAAACACAAUUACAAUUGAAGGUAGCAACAAUAAAGAAUCGGAUUUAGUUUUUGGAACAAGUUGGACUAAGAUUUAUGAUGGUGAUACAAGUCUCGCGAAAAAUCCAGGAAGACGAGUGUAUGGUGGUACACAAACAAUGCCCAAUAAUUCGUUGUCGUUUGCAAGCUAUCGUAUUAUCAUUACUUCAAAAAGAGGAAAACAUAAUUGUGUCUCUUACUCAGAAUUUGAGAUGGCAGGACGAUUUCCCGAUUAA